CCUCCUCCCGGUGUGGAUGGCGGCGGCCACGGUCGGAUCCCCAGCCGCGCUGCCCAGACAACAUAUCUGAGUCCGUGACAGGACCACAACCUGAUCCCAAAGAUGUGCUCCACCAACCCAGGCAAUUGGGUCACCUUUGAUGAUGACCCCGCUAUUCAAUCUUCUCAAAAGUCAAAGAAUUUCCCCCUGGAGAAUCAAGGUGUCUGUAGACCAAAUGGACUUAAGUUGAACCUUCCUGGCCUCAAGGAAUUUCCCAGUGGGUCUUCCUCUACCAGCAGCACCCCUGUCUCUUCUCCCAUUGUAGACUUCUACUUCAGUCCAGGACCUCCAACUAAUUCUCCUCUUUCUACACCUACCAAAGACUUCCCAGGUAUUCUUGGCAUCCCCAAAGCAGGGACUCAUGUGCUUUAUCCUAUUCCAGAAUCUUCUUCCAACAGCCCACUCACAACACCAGGGGCAGGUUCCUCUUUAUUGCCUACUAAACCAACCUGUUUAUCCCAUGAUUUCUUACCCAGUGACCACUCAUGUACACAUCCAGCUCCCAAAGUAAGUCUUCCAGAUGAAAUUAGCCCUCUCCAGGCUGAAAGCCUAGGGUUCCAAAGUGAUGCCCCUCAAUUUCAGUAUUUUCGGGAGGACUGUGCUUUUUCAAGUCCAUUUUGGAAAGAUGAAGACAGUGCUACCCCGUUCACCUUUGACCCCUCAGGAAGCAGAAAGACUUUGUCAGUGAGGGACAAGGAGAUGCCUAUUGAUCAAAAAAGCCUAAAUAAAUGUUCACUCAACUAUAUUUGUGAGAAGCUUGAACAUCUUCAGUCAGCUGAGAACCAAGACUCACUUGGAAAUUUGUCUAUGCAAUGUCCAUAUGCUGAAGACACGGUCUCUUCCUUUGUCCCCCAUGUGCUCUUCAGGAGUCAGCCAAAAGCUGGAUGGUCUUUCAUGCUGCGAAUUCCUGAGAAGAAGAACAUGAUGUCUUCGCGGCAAUGGGGACCAAUUUUUCUGAAAGUUUUACCUGGAGGAGUUUUGCAAAUGUAUUAUGAGAAGGGGUUAGAGAAACCAUUUAAAGAGUUACAGCUCGAUCCACAUUGCAGGCUUUCUGAACCCAAAGUUGAGAACUUUAGUGUGGCAGGAAAAAUCCAUACUGUGAAGAUUGAGCAUGUGUCUUAUACAGAAAAAAGAAAAUACCAUUCUAAGACAGAAGUAGUUCACGAACCAGACAUAGAACAGAUGCUGAAGUUGGGGUCCACAGAAUACCAUGACUUCCUUGACUUUCUGACUAUUGUGGAAGAGGAGCUGACGAAGCUGCCAGCUGUUUCAAAACCAAAAAAGAACUACGAAGAGCAAGAAAUUUCCUUGGAAAUUAUGGACAACUUUUGGGGUAAAGUCACAAAGGACGAAGGAAAAUUGGUUGAAAGUGCUGUGAUAACUCAAAUCUAUUGCCUUUGCUUUGUGAAUGGAAACAUGGAAUGCUUUUUAACUUUGAAUGACCUUGAGUUGCAGAAGCAAGAUGAAUGCUAUUUCAAAAAAGAUACAGAAAAGAAGGGAAUUGAUAUUCUUGACUACCAUUUUCAUAAGUGCGUGAAAGUUCAAGAAUUUGAGCAAUCAAGAAUCAUUAAGUUCAUACCUCUGGAUGCCUGCCGGUUUGAGCUGAUGCGUUUCAAGACUUUGUAUCACGGGGACGCUCUUCCCUUUUCUGUGAAGUCUGUAGUGGUUGUCCAGGGGGCGUAUGUGGAACUUCAGGCCUUCGUCAACAUGGCCCCAUUGGCUCAGAGACCAUCCCACGCCAGUUCCUUGAGGUCCUGUGACAAUAUAAUGAUACACUUUCCUGUCCCAUCGCAGUGGAUUAAGGCUGUCUGGACCAUGAACCUCCAGAGGCAGAAGUCCCUGAAAGCCAAAAUGAACCGCCGGGCAUGUCUGGGGAGUUUACAUGAACCUGAAUCUGAACCUGUCGUUCAGGUUACUGUGGGGUCAGCAAAAUAUGAGAGUGCCUACCGGGCCGUGGUGUGGAAGAUAGACCGGCUUCCUGAUAAAAACUCAAGUCCUGAUCAGCCCCAUUGUUUAUCAUACAAGCUAGAACUUGGAUCAGACCAAGAAAUUCCCUCCGAUUGGUAUCCAUUUGCUACUGUUCAGUUUUCGAUGCUUGACACCUGUGCCUCAAGGACAGAGGUCAGGUCUCUGGGGGUGGAGAGUGAUGUCCAGCCACAGAAACAUGUUCAUCAGCGAGCUUGCUACAACAUCCAGGUUGAAAUAGAAAAGAAGUGGAUUAAAAUCGAUGGAGAAGACCCAGAUAAAGCCGGUGACUGUGUAACUCAGUAGAAGUAGCAAGAGUAAAUGACAACGACCCACUUGUCCAAUAUGUAAUUCACAGAAACCACACAAAGUUCUGUUACUGUAUAGUGGAAGUGACUUCUGAACAGUGGGCUUAGGACAGGUCCAAUGGCUGUGUUUAGAGAAGUUUAGACCUAAAAUCAAACAAUCUGUAUUUCAUGCUUUUGAUAUGUUUUUACCCUAAGGGGUUUGAUCUAAAAUGUGUCUAUAAUUUGUGUGAUGUUUUGCUUUCUAUUGAAACUCAGUAGCACUGUCAUUUGAUGUGUGACCCGGCAGCCAGUUUGGCUAAAGGGUUUCUGAUUUUUGAUUACUCAUUGGCUGAUUGUUCUGCACUCUGAAUUAUCUAGGUGCUAUAUUUAUUACACACGUCUCUUGCUGUGUUAGAGCCUGUGCCAGAGGGUAAGGCAAUCAAAGGAGACAUGAACUAAAACACUUAAUUUUUGCUCUUGCUCACCUCUCAGAUGUGGCUAUGUAUAGAAUGAUGUUGAAACCACAGGCUAAAGUGGAGAUUUGGCAGUAUCUGUAGUUUUGAGUUAUCUUCUUGUCCUCUUACCCCGUCAGUAAGUAAUCAUUGGCUGUAUUUGGUACCUGUCUAUCCCCCACUGUAUUAUCAUUUUCAAACUGUGUUCGUGUCCUGGUGAUAUGCUUAUUUUAGUACAAGUCACAAGGACAUAUUGCCUUUUGCUUGGUGGGAUUCCUUUCAAAAUGAAAUCCUAGUACUGUAUUGGAUACUAGUUAAAAUAUUUUAUGUACAUUAAAGAUGAAUUUCUAGAGUUCAUGAAUAUUGUUUUCCAAAAGUACAGAC